AUGAAUAUGAGCGGCCUCUCCAGCAAUUGGAAGAAGCUGCAGGCGACACUGAAGAAGGACAGCCCAUCUACCACCACAUCAAGCACAAAACGCAAAGCUGCAGACCGUGACUCUGGAUCUGGUCCCAUAAAGAAGCACAAGUUUACCGACAAAAAACAGACGAAACAGGCACCAAGUGCCUACAAUCUACAAAGAAUGAGUGACGCAUCCAAAAAAGCCGAAAGUGGCGACUCGGCUCCUAUUCUACGAAGAAAAUCCAGUGCGGGAUUCUCCGCGCAGCCUGCAGCUGAUGCUAAGAGUACCACGGUGAAUGAGGGUCGCUCGAAAACCGCCGAACUCGGAAAAUUCAUCGCCAUGGAUUGCGAGAUGGUUGGCGUAGGCCCAAACCCCGACCACGACUCCGUUCUUGCGCGCGUCAGUAUCGUCAACUUCAACGGCGACCAGAUCUACGAUUCAUACGUACGCCCCAAGGAGAUGGUAACAGAUUGGCGCACUCACGUCAGUGGAAUUGCCCCGAAGCACAUGGUGGAGGCACGAUCUCUCGAAGGAGUACAGAAGGAAGUUGCCGAGAUUAUGGAUGGUCGCAUCCUAGUUGGUCACGCCGUGAGCAACGAUCUGGAUGCUUUGCUACUCGGUCACCCCAAGCGCGAUAUUCGAGACACCAGCAAACACCCUGAGUACCGGAAGAUUGCUGGUGGUGGCUCGCCGCGACUGAAGAUCCUGGCGGAGCAUUACCUUGGUUUGAAGAUCCAGGAUGGUGCGCACUCUUCGGUAGAAGAUGCGCGGGCGACUAUGGCGUUGUAUCGACGGGAGAAGGACUCGUUUGAGCGGGAACACUUGAAGAAGUGGCCUGUUCGGACUCCUGUGGAGGGAAAGGAUAAGGGAGACAAGAAAAAGAAGAAGAAGAAGACUACUCGCAAGCGGUGA